AUGGGUCAACUGCCUACAUCUCGUGUCUCACCUUCACUCGUCUUUGAAAGCACUGGUGUAGGCUACGCUGGGCCAGUUCAACUCAAAUACUUUCAAGGACGAGGUACUCGCUGCUGCAAAGGCUGGAUUGCAGUCUUUGUUUGCUUCUCAACUUCUGCGAUUCACUUGGAAGUUGUAAGUGAUUACACUGCAGAAGGCUUCCUCAAAGCGUUCAGGCGAUUCACAAGUCGUCGUGGCAUCUGCAAAACCCUUUAUAGUGAUUGUGGUACAAACUUUAAAGGGGCAGAUGUUAUUCUCAAACAACUUCUCACCGGUGCACUUAACGAAUCAUCUCACCUUAAGCAAAUUCUCACCUCAGACGGAACUCAGUGGAUUUUUAACCCACCUGGUGCUCCUCACAUGGGUGGCAAGUGUGAAGCCGCUGUAAAAUCUGUCAAACAUCAUCUCCAACGCACAAUUGCUGAUCUACUUCUCACCUACGAAGACUUCUCAACAUUCCUUACUCAUGUUGAGGCACUGUUAAACUCAAAGCCACUCAGUGCACUUACUGAUGACCCAGAGGACAUCUCAGCUCUCACCCCUGGACAUUUUAUCCGAGGUGCGCCAUUCAACACUGUACCUGAACCUAGUCUCGCUAGUGUACCAAUAUCUCGUCUCUCACUCUAUCAACGAAUACAAGAUAGACUUCAAUAUUUCUGGGAACGUUGGUCUGCUGAAUGUCUGCAAUCUCACCAAUCCAUCUCAAAGUGGCAUACAUCUCACCAUGAUAUCAAGAUUGGUUCAUUGGUUCUCAUCGUUGCUGAGAGGUAUCCACCAUCAAAGUGGCCUUUUGUCAGACUUACUCAUCUCCAUCCUGGUAGUGAUGGUCUUGCCAGAGUCGUCACUGUCAAGACUGCCACCUCUACCUUCACCAGACCAGUCACCAAGCUGGUGCUGUUACCCAUCUCAACCGCCAAGGAAGAUUCUCAUCUCUAA